AAUGCCACCGACACGCAAUACUGUUCACUCUCUCUGGAGUCUGGACCUUUCUCGCCAAACCGGCGAAUCCGCCCCCGGAACGCCGUGCGGAGUGGAGCCGCCGGCACCCGGCAGCAGUACAAAACAAAACGCUUUUACCACAGACUGCGGGGUGGCGACGGCGUUGGAAAGCGGAGUGGAGGCCAGCUGCUCGCUGAAACGCCGCGGAUGAAACAGAUGUCCGUCCGUCGGUUUGCGUGCUAGGCUACUGUGCCGCUUGACAGAAGCGGGCACUCACCUCUCUCUCUCUCCCCGCACACGUUGCUGUCGGCAGCCUCACCAAUCUCGGCGCCAGACUGGGACCGCGAAGGGACUGGUGGUCGCCGGUUCCUCCCGCUACUCCGGCUGCUUUUCCUCCUCUCUCCGUCGCCUUCCCCUUCCGGGCUGCCCAUAUUUCAUUCGGUGCCAACAAGUGCCAAGUGCUCGUGUCCGGAUGCGCCAGCGCCGCCUGGUCAACAGAUUUUUGCCCUGCGCUGUCACUCCACCACGCUGCUUGUACUGAAAGCUUUUUCCCAGAAUAAAGGCUGGGGAGGAGGAAGCGGCGGCGGCGGCGCUCUCAGAAGAGAGGGUGAGAUGAAGACUCGGAGCUCAGCGAGAGGGGAGCCGAGGCGUCUCGGAAAUGCGGCUCUUCUGGCGCUCAUGCUCUGCUCCGUCGUCGCGCUCUCCCUCAUCCGGGGGAGAUUCGCCCCAAUUGGAGAUGCCAUCAAAUCCGAGGACGACGCUGCGGCGGCUGCGCUCAGUGUCAGCAAGGCGGCCGUCAACGUUGACACCGGCGACAGCGCCGACGAGGCCGCCGCCGAAGCUGCUGCUGAGGAGAAAGAGAAGGAGGAAGUCCAGCCGAAGCCCGCUGACAGUUCCGGCUCCGGUUCCGGUGGCAGCGCAGCCAAGCCGGUGUGCUACGAGACGAGCCGCCGCUCCGACACCUGCGAGGCAGCUGGCGACGUGCGCGUCGUGGGGAGCACCCAGACGGUGUACGUGGACUCGCUGGACCGGGAGUGGAAGACCAAGCCGUACUGCCGGAAGCACGACAACUUCGCGCUCGCCCACGUCAAGGAGUGGUCCCUGAAGCCGCUCCCCUCCGGCGCGGCGCCGCAGUGCACGGUCAACAGCUCGGCCACCGCGUUCGUGCUGUCCACGGGCGGGUUCACCGGCAACCCGUUCCACGACUACACGGACGUGCUCAUCCCGGCCUUCAUCACGGCGCACCCGCUCCGCGGCGAGGUCCAGUUCCUGGUGAGCAGCUACAAGUCGUGGUGGAUGAACCGCUACAUCCAGAUCUUCCAGCAGAUGAGCCGGCACGAGGUGGUGGACAUCGACGCGGACGACGAGGUCCGGUGCUACCGCAGCGUGGUGGUGGGGGCGACGUUCCACCGGGAGCUGGGCGUGGACGCGUCCAAAUCGCCGCCGGGGUACUCCACGGCCGACUUCCGCAAGAUGCUGCGCGACGCGUUCGGGCUGGAGCGUGCCACGGCCACGCCCAGCGGCGACCGGUGGGACAUCCGGCGCCGCCCCCGGCUGCUCAUCAUCUCGCGCCGCCCGUCCCGCGGGCGCGCCUUCAUGAACGAGCGCGCCAUGGCGGACAUGGCGGCCAGCCUGGGGUUCGACGUGCGGAUCGGGGAGCCAGACACCAGCACCGACACGUCCAAGUUCGCGCGGCUGGUGAACUCGUGCGACGUGAUGGUGGGCGUCCACGGCGCCGGGCUCACCAACAUGGUGUUCCUGCCUGCCGGCGCCGUGGUGGUGCAGGUGGUGCCGUACGGGCGGCUGGAGUGGCUGGCGCGGAACACGUUCGCGGAGCCGUCGGCGGGGAUGGAGGUCCACUACCUGGAGUACGUGGUGCAGCUGGACGAGACGACGCUGAGCGAGCAGUACCCGAGCGAUCACCCGGUGCUGAGGGACCCCAUGGCCAUCCACAAGCAGGGGUGGAACGCGCUCAAGACCACGUACCUGGACAAGCAGAACGUGCGGCCGCACCUGGGCCGCCUCAAGAACACCUUCCUCCAGGCGCUCAAGAUGCUGCCGCACGGCCGGGACGAUUGAUAAGUCAAAUUAGUUGAUUCACCUGGAUCUCAGCCUCAGUUAUUUAGAGGGAGUAAAUGUAUAGGUUAAUGGUAGCUACUACUUUUUUCGGCUUAUUUGUUUUUUUUUUGCCUUUAUUUGUUUGUACGAGUAAGAGGAUGCACCAGCGUAGCUGUGAAUGGCUUCACAGUUCUCAGAGACGAACUAGUAGUGUUAACCGUUGAUAUUUUAUUAUUAUAUAUGUUGCUUUGGUAGCA